AUGGUGGAGAUUGAGGGUAAUCCGUUUUUGAGUAUUUUGGAGAAAAACUACCCAAAUUUACACAAGUCAAUUUUUUCCAACAAUAAUAAAUUUAUUAUUCUCAUUCCAAACUCACAAACCCUCAUCAACUCACACAUCAACCUCACUUUCAUCAAAAGUCACGUAUUGGUGGAGACGGGAGUGGAGGGUAGUUAUGUGAACAGGUGUGGUCAGGUGGUGGAAAUGGUCAACGAUUCCUUCAUUACAAGCUUCGGGUUUAACAACUUUAACAUCUGCAAUGUCACACACAAACAUAAAUUCAACAAUUAUAUACAAUUGUAUUGGAUAGAUUCGCAUUUACUAUCGAGGACAAACUCGGAAAUUGACUACCUCAAGUGCUUCAAUGACAAUCCUGAAACAAUUGUUAAGCGGUGGUCUGAGGAGAAUGAGGAGUUUGGCGAGUAUUACUUCAACAAGCUAAACGAAUUUAACAACACAUUUGUCAUUGUCCCAGGAUACGAAACUGAAACCGCCAAUACCAUCACAAACAUUAUCGAAAAAUCGAUGCUGUUGUUGAAUGAGAGGAGGGAGUACUUGCGUGUGUACGACAGUCGAAUAUAUGAAAUAUUACUAAACCAUUCCUUCUCUCAUCUCUUUAAUAAUUUAUUCAACGCUCUCUCCAACUCUUAUCUCCCACUCGAAGAUGUCAUUCAGAGUAGAAUAAUGAAGUUGAGGAUGGAGUUGAAUUUGAACUUGUCGUUGUUGAUAUUUAAUAGUCGCAGGGACAUGAACGACAUCAACAUCAUUCCCAUCGUUGAGAAGUUACAUCAGAUGGAGAAGAGUGUGGAGGUGUGGAGUAAGUUGAGAAGUUUAUGUGAAGCUGUGGAGUUGAAUAAGAGUAAAUCCUCAGAGGAAAGCGUUUCCUACUUAAUCCUCGCCAUUGUCGUAGGUAGCCUCAAACACAUCAUCACACACGCCACUCUCAUACAUCUCUACAUCGCCUCAAUCACAAAUAAUAAUAAUAAUUUAAAUGUUUGGACUGAGAACUUGCAGAUUUUUAGCUCGGCAAUCUCGUUCCUCCUCGAGUAA